CCGUCAGCGCCUUUGUGGGGAGAGCGCAGCGGCGGUACCGCGCUCCCCCCGGGCUGGGGCCGGGGCUCCCCGCCGUCCCCAUGAGCUGGCUGUAGGUUACCGCACCAUCGCUGUUUUAGCCUGAUAAAGGGGAUUUUUUUUUUUUUGUUUGUUUUUGCCUUUUCCUUCUCCCUUCCCGGGGGAUUUUACUUUUUUUUUUGGUUUUUUUUUUUUUCGUUUUUUUAGUCAGAAUUAAUAUUUUUGUUUUCGUUUUAUUUCGUUUCUUAAGUCUAUUUUUCUACACUUUGCUAUAAAAAAAAUACAAAAAAAACCAACAAAAAAAAAAAAAACCCAAACAUGGUGCUGGGGAAGGUGAAGAAUUUGACAAUAAGCUUUGACUGUCUGAAUGACAGCAAUGUCCCCGUCUACUCCAGCGGGGACACAGUCUCAGGAAGGGUCAGUUUAGAAGUUACGGGGGAAAUUAGGGUGAAAUCUCUCAAAAUCCACGCACGGGGACACGCCAAGGUGCGCUGGACUGAAUCGAGAAAUGCUGGAUCCAACACUGCCUACACACAGAACUACACCGAAGAGGUGGAGUACUUCAACCAUAAGGACAUCCUGAUCGGCCACGAGAGAGACGAUGACAAUUCAGAAGAAGGCCUUCACACCAUCCAUUCGGGAAGGCAUGAAUAUGCAUUCAGCUUCGAGCUUCCACAGACACCACUUGCUACCUCAUUCGAAGGCAGACAUGGCAGUGUGCGCUAUUGGGUGAAAGCCGAAUUGCAUAGGCCUUGGUUUCUACCAGUAAAAUUAAAGAAGGAAUUUACAGUCUUUGAACAUAUAGAUAUCAACACUCCUUCAUUACUGUCACCCCAAGCAGGCACAAAAGAAAAGACUCUCUGUUGUUGGUUUUGUACCUCAGGCCCAAUAUCCUUAAGUGCCAAAAUUGAGAGGAAGGGCUACACCCCAGGUGAAUCAAUUCAGAUCUUUGCUGAGAUUGAGAACUGCUCUUCCCGUGUGGUGGUGCCAAAGGCAGCCAUUUACCAAACACAGGCAUUUUAUGCCAAAGGGAAAAUGAAGGAAGUCAAGCAGCUUGUUGCCAACCUGCGUGGGGAGUCCGUGUCAUCUGGCAAAACGGAAACCUGGAAUGGCAAACAGUUGAAGAUUCCACCUGUUUCCCCUUCAAUCCUUGACUGCAGUAUAAUCCGUGUGGAGUAUUCACUGAUGGUAUAUGUUGAUAUUCCAGGCGCCAUGGAUUUAUUUCUUAAUUUACCACUGGUCAUUGGUACCAUUCCUCUACACCCGUUUGGUAGCAGAACAUCAAGUGUGAGCAGCCAGUGUAGCAUGAACAUGAAUUGGCUUGGUCUGACACUGCCUGAAAGACCAGAAGCACCUCCCAGCUAUGCAGAAGUGGUCACAGAGGAACAGAGACAGUCCAGCCUGGCACCCAUAGGUGCUUGUGAUGAUUUUGAGAGAGCACUUCCAGGACCAUUGUUUGCAUACAUCCAGGAGUUCCGUUUUCUGCCUCCACCCCUCUAUUCAGAAAUUGAUCCAAACCCAGAUCAGCCCACAGAUGAUAGACCAUCUUGCCCCUCUCGUUGAAGGAAUCCACAAAAGCUGACUUGGGUUUUGCAUCAUCCCUGCCGUGUUGAAGGUCAAGGCGUCAUGGUGGAGAGACACACUUUCAAAGGAAGUGGUUUUGCUCUUGCCUGUAUGGUGAAUAAAUGAAAACAACCUGUGAUCAUGCUUUGAAGCCUACAGUAAUAUUGUAGGACUGCUCCACAUGCUUGAAGACCAGAGAGCUUUUUUUUUUUUUCCUGGUUUUUUUGGGUUUUUUGGUUUUUUGUUUUUUCUUCCCCCACUUAAAUACUGGCACAUACUAGGAGCAGCCUUACUAACCUACAGUCAUGUGUGUCAAAACACUCAAACCACAUUGUAAGAGAGGGAUGGCUUCCUCUUAAUGAUUUGGAAAUUUGCACAUGCUCAUAGCUUAUGUUGUGCGGUUCAGUGUCACUACAGCUUUUUCUCAUUUAUGCUGGACUGUUGUUAUCCCCUCCCCCAACCCCCCUCUUUUUUGUGGUCCGCACAAUAAAGGAGCAAAAGAAAGCUUUUAACAAAAAAAAAAAAUAGAAAAAAACAAACAGCAACAGACUUUGACAAAUGCACUGACUUUUCUUUUUUUUUUUUUUUUUUAAUUUAAUGUAGCCUGGACUUUACCUGCAUAUGCACAUGCUCAGAAUUGUCCUAGUAGGCUGAUCAUGUAUCACCUCUUCAGCUUGGAUCCUUUUGUGGAUUUAUUUACAAACAUCAAAUGCCUUCAAGCCAAUCCUUCUUGCUGUAUGUUUUGCAGCCUACUGUAGUAGAUAAGCAACAGAUGUGGGGCUGGGGUGGGGGUGGAGAGUUAAGAGAAAGAAGCUAAUAGACUUCAUCAAGAUUGUAUAACUUCUUGAUUUCUUUUUAAGAGUUUGUUGCCUUUCUACUAUUAUCGCAAAGCAGCAUUUUGUUACAGACUGCCUAAAAAUCACUUAAUCUCAGGUGAACUCAUCACUUGCCAAACUGUUGGAAUGCUAUUUGUUUUGUUACGUUGCACUGUUAAGUUACUUCUUUUUUUGUUUUGUGUUUGUGUUUUGUUUUUGUUCUUUAUUCAAGAUGGGGAUCUGGAAUAGGGACAUACACAAAAGUUAGAAAACCCACCUUCAUUCCCAUUUCUCUUUCUACAUAAUAAAAAAAAAUGUUCCAGUUGUGAAGCUUUAAAAAAAAAAAAGGCACAAAUGAAAGUGGCACCAGCAGACACCAGCUUAGCCUCUAAAGAAUUUUAAUAGGAAAUAGUCAUGGACUGUCUAGCAUCCGUAGACACAUUGAUAUCUCCAGUACUAGGGAUGGGAAGGGAAAGUAAAUUUAUUUUUAUAUGUAGUUACCUAAUCACCAAAAAUUCUAUAUGUAAUGAGUCUCUAGUAAGAAGUAUAUUUCAUUCAAACUGCAGGAAAAGCUUGGAUUAUUAUGCUAAAGAGCUCAGUUUGUGCACUUUGUAUUAUCUUCAGGGUUUAUGAUACUGUAAAAAUAGAAGUAUGAUUAAACUGGGCAAGAUCAGUGUUGCCAGCUGUACUGAGAUAUCAGCUGGAAUUGCUUUGAUGAUUGCAUCUUCUGUUGGUACUCUCCAGUGCUUCGAGUUUUUACCGUGUAUUUGCUAGGAAUUAAAGAAAUUACCUGGGAAGAAGGAGCACUUGGGCCCUUGAGUGUGCCCCGAGGAGUGAAAGAGUGCAGAGGAGCCAUUAGAUGUGCUAAUGCAGAUACCAGCACUUAACAUGCUAGAGAUUUACCACAAAAGUCAACUUUUCCUUUUCAGAAAUCAUGUAAACACAGUCUGAUGACAAAGGGACAGGCUUCUGGUGUUGACUCCUUAAAAAAAA